AUGGCCCCUGCGGCAGGGCGCCUUUGUGUCCAUACACUGUCUCGGCGCCAUUCUCGUCGGCCUGCAUGGUUGAAUACCUCCCUGCAGAAACGAGCGUUCUCCCUGUCGCCGAUUCACGCUGCCUUCGCACCACCCACUCCCGCCUCCCUCGGCAAAGCAGUCCCUGCAAAGCAAUUCAAGAGAACUAGAAAGUGGGCGAGGAGAUUGGUGUCCUUGACGUUGUUUGGAGCCAUAGCAUAUACCGUGGACCAAAGAUUUUACGCAUCAAGUCUCACACGAUGCACCCGGACUUUUGUCCUGGGGUUAACGGCCGCCUUGGAUUAUAAGAUCAAUUUUCGAGAGGAUCCUCCUUUUGCCAACGACAUCGCGGAAUUACAUGCCCGGAAUGCGGCCAAAUUGUUCCAUCUUCUGCGGACCAACGGCGGACUCUAUCUGAAGAUUGGGCAAGCCAUCGCCAUGCAGACGGCCAUUCUGCCGCCCGAGUUUCAGAAAAUGUUUGCCAAAAUGUUCGACGAUGCUCCACAGAACGACUGGGCCGAUGUGCGGCAGGUCAUCAUGGAAGACUUUGGUGGUCGUACUCCGGAAGAAGUGUUUGGCAUUUCUUUUGACGGAGAGCCGGACGCCGGAGUCAUGGAAAGAAAGGCCCGAGCGAGUGCCAGUGUGGCACAAGUUCAUUGGGCCAGGCUAAAAGAUGGUCGCGAAGUGGCCAUCAAGAUUCAAAAGAAAGAAAUUGCCCAACAGGUCGGCUGGGAUCUUUGGGCUUUCAUGGUCGUCACCAGGAUCUACACUUGGUGGUUCGAUCUGCCUUUCUACUCGCUGGUGCCGUACAUCACGGAGAGGCUGUUGCUCGAGUGUGAUUUUCUGAACGAGGCGGCCAACUCUAAAAAGAUGGCCGAACUUGUCACGGGCGAGCCUCGACUGCGUGACAGGGUAUACAUUCCCCAGGUCUACGAGGAUCUCACCACGAAGCGCGUCAUGACUGCGGAGUGGAUUGAAGGUGUCCGGCUAUGGGACAAGGAUGCCAUAACUCGACCGUGGCAAGGUGGCUGGCGGACAGGCAGUCCAGGUUGUCACGGCACCGCUCUCGACCCUCCUCAAACGCCCAUGACCGUGCUCCAAGAGAAAGCCCGAUCGGACGACGAGGAACUCAAACCAGACCGGACGUAUUGGAGAGGUCAGAACGGCACCGGCGGUCUCGGCCUCAAUCUGAAGGAAGUCAUGACCACCAUGGUCGAUUUGUUCUCGGCCCAAAUGUUUCUCUGGGGAUGGGUACACUGCGAUCCUCAUCCGGGAAAUAUAUUCAUCCGCCGCCUUCCCAACGGCCACUCCGAACUGGUCCUCAUCGACCAUGGCCUGUAUAUCAACAUGUCUCCCCACUUCCGGCACCAAUAUUCCCUCUUUUGGAAAAGUCUGAUGACCUUCGACAACAAAACGCUCCAAGAAGUCGUCGGUAAAUGGGGAGUCAACAACGCCGAAAUUUUCGCAUCCACUACGCUAAUGCGACCCUACGAGGGUGGUGACCACACCGUUGCAAACCGCAUCAAGGGUCUCAGCGAGCAGGAAAAGAAAAGGCGCCAGUACGAAAUGCAGCAGGCGAUGCGCAAAGGUGUCAAAGAAAUCCUGGGCGACGAGACCAAGUGGCCUCGCGAACUUAUUUUUAUUGGUCGCAACAUGCGUAUCGUCCAAGGAAAUAACCAGUACCUGGGCAGUCCGGUGAAUCGUAUCAAGAUCACGGGGAACUGGGCAUCGAGAGCUCUCGCCGAAGAUAGAGAGCUCACGUUCACCCAGAGAUGGAAAUACUUUGGCAGCCAUCUCGUCUUCAAACUUGUCUUGCUGGCGACGGAUGCUUAUUUCUGGUAUAGCAAGUUGAAGCAGGCGCUGGGAAGGGGUCGGGGUAUGGAUGAUGAUAUGGAAGAGCAGAUGAGAAGGGUAGCGAAGGACUAUGGGAUUGAAAUGAAUCAUAGUGUCUUUGAAGGCUGA